AUGUUUACAAUAAACAGCAGCGGUUCUUCCGAAUGUGAUGAUCAAUAUUUUUCUGGUGUUCCUUCUUAUCCAAAGACCCUGUCUUGGGAUGAGAAUGCAACUGAUUGUUGCAAUUGGGAUGGGGUCACGUGUGAUGGGUUGACCGGUCAUGUGGUUGGGCUUGAUCUCAGUUGUAGCCGGCUUUAUGGCAAAAUCCAUUCCAAUAGCAGCCUUUCCCGACUCUCUCACUUGCAACGGCUUAAUCUGGCUUACAAUGACUUCAACGGCUCUCGCAUUUCAUAUGUGUUUGGCAGCUUUGCAAGAUUGACACAUCUAAACCUAUCCAAUUCUGCUUUAUCAGGUUCUAUCCCAUCUAAAAUCUCCCACAUGUCCAAAUUGAUUUCACUUGAUCUUUCUAUUUCUCAAUUGAGACUUGAACCCCUCCAUUUUGAAAUUCUCCUGAAAAACCUGACCCAAUUACAAGAACUCGCCCUUUCUAGGGUAAAUAUAUCUUCUGGUUUACCUGAUUCAAUUGGCUAUCUCAAGUCUUUGAAAUUCUUGGAUCUCACCUGGACGGGUUUAUCUGGAAAACUACCUGACUCAAUUGGUUAUCUCAAGUCUUUGAAUUACUUGUUGGUUAGAUAUUGCAAAUUACGAGGUUCCAUUCCUAAAUCUCUAGGGAACCUUACGCAGAUCCGUGUACUAGCUUUAGCGGAAAAUGGUUUUACCGGUGAAGUCCCAUCUACUCUCUCAAAUCUCAAUCAACUUAAUGAGUUAGAUCUUUCCGCCAACAACUUCCAAGGUAGAAUUCCCGUUCUUGCUGAGCUCACAAACCUGGAGUAUUUAGCUCUGGAUGAUAACAAUUUCACUAGUGGGUUUCCACUCUGGGUUGCAAACUUGAAGCCCCUUGUUGUUUUAUGUAUAUAUAGUAAUCAGCUCACGGGUCCCAUCCCCUUCAAUUUAAGUGGUCUUCAAAACCUACAAUAUCUCUACCUAUAUCGCAACUCUCUCAAUGGGGUAAUACCUCCAUCUUUGUUUACUCUUCCGUCAUUGCUAUAUAUAGACUUGAGUUUCAAUCAUUUAACUGGUCAAAUUCCUGAAUUCCAGCAUCAUUUACCAUUGUACUCCAUUGACUUGAGUGACAAUAAACUUUGUGGCCCCAUUCCACAGUCAAUUUCAACUCUUGUAAAUUUGACUGAGCUCGAUCUUGCAUCAAAUGAUCUGAGCGGUGUUGUGGAUCUGCAAAUACCAAAAAAUAUUGAGGGCCUUUCUCUUUCCAACACUAAUCUUUCGGUGGUCGCUAGAAGCAAUGUCAACAAUACCCUUCCCAACCUUAGGAUUUUUCGUAUGUCCUCUUGCAACAUUGAGGUGUUCCCUUAUUUCUUAAGAGCCUCAAAGAAUCUUGAAGAACUAGAUCUUUCACAAAACAAAAUUCAUGGACAGAUUCCAAAUUGGGUUGGGUUUGUCGGAAAGGCUUCAAUGGAGCAUUUGAAUCUUUCACACAACUUUUUAAGAGGCAUAAAGCAACUUCCUUGGGAGAAAUUAGAUACUCUUGAUCUGCGUUCCAAUUUGCUUGAAGGACCACUUCCCAUUCCACCCCCGCUCGUACGAUACUUUUUCAUCUCAAACAACAGUCUUAGUGGAGAGAUUCCUUCAUUGAUUUGCAAUGCAAGUUCCCUUGAGAUUCUUGAUUUGUCUCACAACAAAUUGAGCGGUGCGGUUCCACAAUGUUUGGGAAAUUUUAGUAGUAUUCUCAAGGUGUUAAAUCUGCACUCUAAUGGAUUUAAGGGAAUCCUUCCCUUGGCAUUUGCAAAGUCCAACGAAUUACGAAGUCUCGAUUUGAGUGAAAAUCAUUUUGAAGGACCACUUCCAAGAUCUUUGACAAAUUGUACGAGCUUGGAGUUUCUAAACAUUGGAAACAACAAGAUUAAUGACACAUUUCCAUAUUGGUUGGAAACUCUUCCUGAGUUGCAGGUUCUUGCCGUUCGAUCCAACCAAUUUCAUGGUCCCAUAAACACUUUGAUGAGUAAAUUUUCCUUUCCAAAGCUUCGAAUUGUUGACCUCUCCUACAAUGAGUUCACUGGCCAUUUGCCAAGGAGUCUUACAGGCCAUAUUCCAGCAUCUUUGGGGGACUUGAAGAAUAUUGAAUCAUUAGACAUCUCUUCUAACCACCUCACUGGGAGAAUUCCAAGCCAAUUAACAAGUUUACUAUUUCUUGAAAUCUUGAACGUUUCGUGGAACUGUCUCGAUGGACCCAUACCCACGGGUAACCAAUUUGAUACAUUUGAGAAUAGUUCAUAUGCCGGGGACUCACGAUCAUGCAGGUUUCCAUUGCAACCGGUGUUACAACAUGAGGAAGAUGAUUCAGAUUUUGAUGGAUUUACUUGGAAAAUUGUGGUGAUAGGGUACGGGUGUGGAAUGACAUUGGGACUCUUUCUAGGAUCUCUCAUGUUCUUAAUUGGUAGACCUAGAUUCUUUGUCAAACUUGCUGAAAGAAAAUUGCCUAAGAAGGUUAUAAGAUUGAGAACGGUUGCGGACGCAGUGGCUAGAAGAAACUAG